AUGUGGAUUUUCUCAAAUAAAUCCUCGAAUGGCACACCAUCUACCUCCACUCUUGGUUCCGUUCUGGGCUCCCACGGGUCUGACGAUCCACUCUCCUCCUACAACCUCCUCCCGCCCCCGGCUGAGGAGCUCCUUCCUGGUCCCUUUGAUAUCCACUGGGUACGCCAGUCUGCUGCCUCCCAGCGCAAACCCACCUAUAGAGUCACUGUCUUUUCUUGCCUUCGUCUCCUCUCCUCCGAUUCCUCUGGUCCUACUGCUGUCCUCUCCCAGAUUGUGAAGAGGAUGAAGACCUUACGUCACCCCAACAUACUCACUUGGGUAGCAGGGACCGAGCAGCUCAAAAUCCCCUUUCACAUCAUUACGGAGGAAGUCCACCCUCUGUUGGAAUAUAUCCGUGAACAAGCCGACAGUAGUAACAAUUUCGCCUUCCUUGCUUCGUGGGGUAUUUAUCAGGUGACUCGGGCCCUGGGCUUCCUUAACGAUGACUGCCACCUCUCCCAUAACGCUGUUUGUGCAGCUGCUGUCUACGUCAAUCGUUCUAGUGAGUGGAAAUUGGGAAGGCUAGACUAUGUCGCUCCACUGAGUGAAGCUGAUGAGCAGAGGUUAAACAUCUCUCGACCGGCUGUCUAUUGUGCUCCCAAAGGUCACUGCAUUGAUGCGUGGGGACUAGCCUGCCUUAUCUGGGAAAUUUUCAAUCCCGAGCCCUUGACUGAACCCAGUCAAUUGAGUGCAAAGGUGAGUCUGGAGCGCCUGCCGCGGCCUCUGGUGGCACCUUAUCGGCGCCUUUUGGCAUCGAAAACCCCCUUGGUUGUCUCGAGUGCUCGCUCGCCGUUCAAAGCCUUUCUGAAGGUGGGCUUCUUUCGUAACGACUAUAUCGACACACUCCUCUUUCUAGAGGAGAUCCAGUUGAAAGACAAGGAGGAGAAGGCGCGGUUUUUGGAAAAACUGGGGAAGAGAGCUGUGGGACUGUUUCCAGACGACAUUUGCCGCUACAAGAUCCUGCCUCAUCUGGUUAAUAGUCUCAAAUUCGGUUCCACAGGCGUAGAAGCGCUAGUUCCUGUGCUGGAGUUGGCUCACCUUCUGCCGUCUGAGGACUUUGAGGUGGUGGUAGUACCGGGUCUGGUACGCCUUUUCGCCGCACCUGAUCGCGCUACUCGUGUUCGCUUACUCGAUCAGUUACCGCGUUUUGUGGACAAGCUGCCACGGGCUCUAGUGGAAACUCAGAUCUUUGGUCCCGUCUCUGCGGGCUUCACCGACGCCAACCCCCUUGUGCGGGAGGCUACAAUACGCGCCAUGGUGCAUCUAGCGCCCUCCCUCCCAUCAAGAAUACUUAAUGAUGUUCUAGUGAGGCAUCUGACUACGCUAGAGUUUAAGGAUGAUCAAGGAGGCAUCCGCACUAACGCAACGAUAUGCCUUGCCAAAUUGGCAAGCCGUCUAGACCCAGGAGUACGUCGCGGUCCUCUUCUGAAUGCCCUUCUUCGUGCCACCCGUGACCCCUUUCCACCCAGCCGCCAGGCUGCUGUUACGGGUCUAGCCGCUUGUCAAGCCUUCUUCUCAGCUCAGGAGUUGGCUGGAAAGGUAAUCCCCUGCCUCUCUUUCGUGGCCGUAGAUACGGAGAAGGACAUAAGGGAUACGGCUCUCAAGGCGCUACGUGGAAUGGUUGAACGUUUGGAGAAGGCCAGUGAAGAUCCUUCCGUGGGGGAUGCGGACACCUCAGUACUCGGUGGUCAGACGGCCUCGUCGGGGGCUGCUGCAGUCGCAGCAGCAGGUGGAAAACUCACUGCUGCCGGCGCUACUAUUGGUAAUUGGGCUCUCACCGCACUAUCCUCCAUCUCCUCCCGCCUCAUCUCCUCCUCCUCUACCGCCUUCGCUACCGCCACACAACAUGCAGCUCACGCUGUUUCAGACGAUCCACUGCCUAGUUCGGCAUUGACUAACGGAAGUCAGGUUGAACCCGAAGGGAAACAAGGGUCAAAUUCCACUUCUUCAUCAACAUCAACAGCAGGAGCGGAUGCGGCAACCAUUAAAAAACCAAACUUUUCACUCAAUGUGACGGAGUGGGAGGAAGGAGAGGAAGGCGUUGCUAAAGGGGAGCAAAAAGAACUAACGAAAUUCGGCUGGGCUGAUCUCGAUGAUGAGGAUGUGGAUGAAGACGAUGCUGAGGGUUGGAGCAGCAACAAAGACAGUGAGGUCAAUUUAUCCUCUCUCUCCGCCAUUUCAAAGACAGCAUCACCUGCAGCUGUACUGAAAAACUCGCAACCUGAUGAUCUACUUAUCGAUUGGAACGAGCCGGUUCAACUCCAACAGUCUCACCAUUUGUCAACACGGACCAAUAAAACGUUUUCUUCUACUCGACAGCCGAACAUUUCACCACCGACGAUGGCGAAGCGAGACUGGCAAUGGGACGAAUAUGAGGCGACAAACUGGAAUGCUAGCACUAUCACCUCUUCUGCUCCUCCACUGCGACCACAGAAUGUGAAAGCAUCGUCACUCAGUCCUCCACCAACAGUGUCACCAGCGUCAUUGUGUGCAUCAAAGACGUCGAGUGGAGGCGCCACUACCAGCGCAUGGGAGCGAGCAAAGCCCAAAGUGGCAGAAGAGGAUUUCUUUCAAGAGUUACUCGGGUCUGAGAGCACAUCUGUCUUUGGAAAUUCGAGAGCUUCAUCCAUCGCCUCCCGUCAUCACUCUCCUGCUCUGCGGCAGCCUAAAAAACCAGUGACUGUGCAAAAGCCAGCAGAAGCGAAAGAGACAGUUGAAGAUGAUGGAUGGGGGUCUUGGUAA